AUAUUUUUAAGGAUAAUAAAGGGGAGAGAGUCGUCAGUGAAUCACUAUCGAAAAAGGUUAUUUAUUAUUAUCCAUAAGAAACCCCUUGAAACACUCCACUCAACUCUCGUCACCUGUCUCUUACCUUUACUCUAGGGUUCUCAAGCUUCCCUCUCCGAUCCGUUUCUUUCUCCAAGCUCAGGUCAAGAUGCAAGCUGUGAUUCGUUCGUUUGUGUCCGGUGGAAAUGUUGUGAGAUCAUCUCUGCUGCAGCAUCUCCGUGUGGUCAACCCGGCGAUUCAGCCUUCCGUGUUGUCUACUCGCUCUGAGUCCACUCAGCCUGCUCGUAUGGAGGAGCAUGGGUUCGAGAGCACAACCAUUUCUGAUGUUAUGAACGCCAAAGGCAAAAGCGCUGAUGGAUCUUGGCUUUGGUGUACCACUGAUGACUCUGUUUACGAUGCUGUUAAAUCCAUGACACAACACAAUGUUGGUGCCUUGGUGGUUGUGAAACCUGGUGAGCAACAAUCUCUUGCUGGAAUCAUUACAGAGAGAGAUUAUCUGAGGAAGAUCAUAGUGCAAGGCAGAUCAUCCAAAUCAACAAAAGUAGGGGACAUUAUGACUGAAGAGAAUAAGCUUAUCACCGUGACACCAGAGACCAAGGUCUUGGUCGCUAUGCAGCUGAUGACAGAUAACAGGAUCAGGCACAUUCCAGUGAUCAAAGACAAGGGUAUGAUAGGAAUGGUGUCCAUUGGAGACGUGGUCCGUGCAGUGGUGACUGAGCAUCGUGAGGAGCUCAACCGCCUAAAUGCCUUUAUUCAGGGAGGUUACUAGAGACGCUACUAGCCUUGCGUGUGGUGGUUGGAUGAAUCUCCGAAAGCUAUAAGAUGGAUGUAUAUAUAUGGAGUCUUGGUUGGUUGUUGUCUGAUGUUUGUUUGUUGUUUUUAAUCUGCUGCUGUUUCAAUUGGUUAACUUGCCAAGACUAAGCUCUUGUGCUUUCCCUUUUUUAUGCUACUCUCUGCAAGAUAAUAAAACCAAAGACUCCCAUCUCUUUAUGGAAUA